AUGAACACAGCGUUGGAUUUGCAUGAUACUAACACUGAUAAUAUUAGCGAACGAAAAUAUUCUUCAGUAUGGAAAUUAUUAUCAUCGAUAACAACAGAUACUACACAAAUAUAUACUCGUUUCUCUUCUACAUCUGAGAUAUCGACAUCUAGUAAUAUCAAAGAAGAAACUUCAUCAACUGAUAAAAUUAUUUUGAAUACGAACAGUCAUUCAGCAGAAAACUUAACAUCUAUUUUAUCAGAUGAAUUUCAAUAUAAUUCAUCUGAUGAUAACCUACGCUUUGAUAAUAGUUCACUACCGAAUGAAGUUCAUUUAACAACACAGUCAUCAUUUAAUUUAAAUACUUUUUCAAAUUAUGUUAACACUACAAUAAAUUCUUCAGAGUUAUUAAUAUUUAAUAAUACAGUGAUAUCAAAUUUUCAAGAUAAAAGAAAUCUAUCACUUGAUGAUGAUAUCUUACUUCAAACUAAUGUAACGCAAAAAUUAUUAUCAAAUUCGAACCUAGAUAUGCAAUAUAUUAACAAUUCAACUGACCUUACAAAAACAGUUUUACUUGAUUACGAUUUACAAUCAUCAUUCAGUUCAAAUAUAUUCUCGAAAUACAUGAAUAGCACGAUGAAUCCUUUAGAAAUGUUAGAAUCUAACACUAAGGACUUAAUUUCUACUAAUUCAUUCACAACAUCAAACGUUAUUCAUGAUAAUAUAGAUAAAGUUUCUGAUGACUACACUACUUCUAUUAGCAAUAUAACUGUAUCUACUGAUACAUUUAAUGAAUAUUCUAAGUUUUCAACAACGAAUUUCUUAUUCUCAUUAAUUACACAACUAACAACAAACCAUAAAGACAAAGAUCCUGAUAAGAAAAAUAUGCAAGAAAAUUUGGAAAUUAAUGAAGAAAAAUCAACUUUUUUAUCGUCAUUAUCAAAUAAAGAUUAUAUUGAAAAUUUACACUCGUCUAUGUCAACUACCACAUUGCUAGAAACAACUCCAAUAGCAAAUUCAUUUGAUAUGACACAAUCUAAAUUUUUAUCAGAUAAAAAAUCUUCACAAGUUGAUUUAUCUUUUGACAAAACUAAUGAUCCGACUGAUCGAUUGGUUGAAGAUGCUUUUAAUAUAAAUCUUAUAUCAUCUACAAUUUCUUCGUACGAGCCACUAACUAUCAAAAAAGAAUCUUUUGUGACGGAAUAUAACCCAAUUCAUCAGUCAGAUGAAAAUUUUUCGAAUUCUGAUAAUAAAGAGCCAACACAACUUCCAUCAACAGUAAUCCACGAUAAUACUACACUGUUAAAAUCUGAAUAUUUCUCAAGCAUUAGUAUUUCUCAUGCCUCGUCAAAUUUCGUAUUACUCUCAACUCCAUCUGAUCAAUCAGUGCCGGAUAUUAAUGAGAAUCAAAUUCAUCCAUCUUCGUCAAUGACUAAUGAUGAUGUAAUCAUCUCGACUAUUCUUCUCGACACUACCUUACUUGAAAAUCAAUCUUAUUUGACCAGUACUGUAAAUAUCAACAACAAUAUCAACGAUGGUCUUAAUGAUGAAUUUCUAGUAGUCACACAUCAAUCGAUAAUAAAUACAGAAAAUUCAACAUUUUUCAUGACAGUCACCGAUUUCAUCAAUAAAGAAAUGGAAAAUGAAAUUAAUCAAAUACAUUCUUCAUCAAUAUUCAAUAACGCUAAUAUAUCUACUGCUUUACACUCACCAUCACCGUUUGUUGUAUCCAGCACACUCCCUAUUCUCACAAUCGAUUCUCAAUUAUCAUCAUCACUUCACCCUUCACUUUCACAUACAAGUACGAUAUCAACAAAAUUCAAUCGAUUAUCAUCGUCAAAAUACUUUUUAGCAACAACUACGACAAUAUCUGUACCUCCUACUAUGUUGCCAUCGUCAUCUAUUAAUAUACUACAAACGACUGAUUCAACUAUAACGUCAGAUAUUACUGAGAAAAGUGUCAUUACUAUUCUCGCUGCCGAAUCGUCUUCUCCAAGUUAUACAUCAACUACUUCCUCUCCAUUACCCACAACAACUGAUGAUCAAAUCACAUCAAAAUUAUCAAGCAUUUUCUACGACGAGUCACUUACGUCUACAAUAUCUUUUUUAGAAUCAAGUACGAUCGAUUAUACAACGCUUUCAACUACUAUGAUUACUAGUAUCAAUCUGGAUUCCACUAACACAGUCCAAACCAAUGAGUAUUCAACUCUUCGAUUAAAAACUACGAAUAAUGAAGAGAAUCUUGCAAUUACUGAUGAAUAUUCCGAAAAAUAUACGUCGACUCAAUUUUCAUCAGAAAUAACAUCAAAUAUUCUUCUUGAUGUGUAUAAUUCCGAAACUGAACAUUCUACUCUUGUUGUAACUUAUCCACCAGCACGAUCUAGUCGUCCGAAUAGAAGACAAACUAGUGAAUUAUCAACAACAUCGACCACUACUUCUACAAAACCAAAAUAUGUGCAUAGAACUCGUAAACGCAAAAUAACACGUUGGAAACUUCAAACAUCAACUAUUAAUGCAGACACCUCUUUAGUUCGAACGUCCACCAUAAAUCAUAAAUUUUUAACUUUUUCUCCAUUUUUUAUUGACCAUUCAAAUUUGACAUCUCUUCAACAACAACAAAUGAUUAUAAUUAAACCAUCAAUAAGCAUAAAUUCAUCAAAUACACUUUUAUCCAACGAAUUAUUUAAUAAAUUAUUUAAUAAUACAACUAAUUCUUCCAUUGAAAAAUUGAUUUAUUUUAAUUUACUUGAUCUACCACCAUCAUCAUGGAAUCUUUCAUUAAAUACAAAUGAAAGUAUUGUUUUUAAUAUAGCAUUACCAGCUUCUUCUCAUUCAUCAAAUCUUCAUACAACAAGAACAAAUUUAACAAUUACAAAUGUUGAAGCAAAUCGUUUAUCAACAAAUAUUAUUGGUUCACCAGUUAAUUUACAAGUUGAUAAAAUUCAAGUAAAACAAUUUUCAUUAGCAAUGAACCAAACAAAUAAUGGAACAAAUCAAUCAUUAUCUGAUGUGGUUAUUGGUUAUGUCAAGACUGAUCGAUUUGAAUUAAAAUUAACAAAGUUAGAUAAUAUGAAUAUGCAUGUUCAUCAAAUUGAUUCCGAAACAGCUGAAAUUUAUUUCGACAGUCAAUUUUGUACAAAUGAAAAUAAUUUAGAAAUAAAUUUAAAUCUUUCAAAAACUGGAACUGUUCGUUAUGGUAAUCGAACACCAAUUCAUAUAGGACCAGUUUUUACUCGAUUACAUAUGCUUAAACAAUCAUGUGACCUUGAUCAACCGUUAAGAUUCUUUUUUGAUAUAUGUCAAAAUGAAAAUCCAUGUUUAAAUGGUGGUAUUUGUCAAUCUCUUAUACCAGAUUACGAUAAUAAAUAUUUUUCUCAUACAGACACAACAGAAAUUCAUUAUGAAUGUAUUUGUCCAUUACACAUAUCAGGUGAACAUUGUCAAUAUUUAAAAUAUCCUUUUGGUUAUUGUAUAAAUGGUGGAAAUUUAAUUGAGAUUGCUGAUUUAAAUGCCAAAUCAAAAGAAAAAUGUUCAUGUCCACAAGGUUUUGAAGGUGAUCAUUGUGAAGAUAAUAUUGAUGAUUGUAUAAAUAUAACGUGUUCUAAUCGUGGUAUGUGUCUAGAUGAUAUUAAUUCAUAUAGAUGUUCGUGUUUUGAUGGAUUUUAUGGAAAUCAAUGUGAAGAAAAAAAUGUGCAAAUGAUUCUAUUACAAGUUGCAAGUAAAUCGUUUGCUAGUGUAGCGAUUUUAGUGAUUAUUUCUAUUGCUUGUCUUAUUAUUGCAAGUGACAUUCAUACUUACUUAACGAGAAAAAAACAAACAAAACGUUAUCGACGAAAUAAAAUUUCACGUAUUGUAUCAGAAUUAUUUGAAAAUUCGGUACUCUUACUUGGUUUUCGUGAUGCUCCUAUUGAAAUGAGCGAUUUAUCGACAAUUCAUAUAAGAAGAAAAUCAAAGAAAAUAAAACGUCAUUCAAUAAAUAUAAGAAAAGCUGGUUAUAAAAAAAUGUCAAAAGGAAAAUAUAUCGAAACAUUACAAAAACCAAUAUCAAAACGUUAUUUAUUAUCAAAUCAAACUUAUCAAAGAAUUUAA